AUGGGGAUUGUUGUCCUCACUAUGAAGGCAUCUGUUAUUGAAAUGUUCCUCGUUUUGCUGGUGACUGGAAUACAUUCAAAUAAAGAAACGACCAAGAAGAUUAAAAGGCCUAAAUUCACUGUGCCUCCGAUCAACUGUGAUGUCAAAGCUGGGAAGAUCGUCCAUCCCGAGUUCAUUGUGAAAUGCCCGGCAGGGUGCCAGGACCCCAAGUACCACGUGUACGGCACAAGCGUCUACGCCUCCUCCUCCAGCGUGUGCGCCGCUGCGGUUCACAGUGGUGUGCUCGAUAAUUCAGGAGGGAAAGUACUUGUUCAGAAAGUAGCUGGCCAGUCUGGCUACAGAGGGAGUUAUUCCAAUGGCGUCCAGUCCUUAUCACUACCCCGUUGGAGAGAAUCCUUCGUUGUCUCAGAAGGUAAACCCCAAAAGGGCGUAACCUACCCAUCGGCUCUUACAUAUUCAUCAGCUAAAAGCCCAGCUGCCAUCGCAGAUGAGACCACAAAAGCCUCUCAGAAGCCAUCAGUUCCAGGGACAACCGCACAGCCAGGGACCCUGAUGCAGGUAGCGGGGACCACCUCAGCAGAAGGCUCCCACACCACCUUGCCCAAGCCAUCCCCAUCGGCAGGCUCCGCCACCAGCAGCCCCAGACCACAGCCUGCGGGCCACAGGAGCCAGCAGCUGGAUCCCUGGCCCACCGCCUCCUACACAAGCAGCCAGAACAGCCCCCGUGCCAACCCAGGCAGAGGCUCGGGAGCUGCUAUCCAGAAGCCUGCUGGGCGGUGGUGGGACACGGACACGUGGAAACCUGGAUCGGUCCUUCUGGAUGCAGGAUUUGUCCCGAAUGAAGAAACAAGCACACAGCCUCUGGACCCCGUCUCCCAGGGAGAUCCGAACUGCAGGGUUGACCUGGCAUUUUUAAUUGACGGGAGCGCAAGCAUCGGCGGGCGGCGCUUCCGAAUCCAGAAGCAGUUCCUGGCUGACAUCGCCCAGGCUCUGGACGUUGGCCCGGCGGGCCCCCUGGUGGGGGUGGUUCAGUACGGAGAUAACCCUGCUACCCAAUUCAACCUCAAAACUCACAUGAAUUCCCAAGACCUGAAAGCAGCCAUAGAGAAGAUCACGCAGAGAGGAGGGCUGUCUAACGUGGGCCGGGCCAUCUCCUUUGUGACCAAGAGCUUCUUCUCCAAGGCCAACGGGAACAGAGGCGGCGCCCCCAACGUGGCCGUGGUGCUGGUGGACGGCUGGCCCACCGACACGGUGGAGGAAGCGUCCCGGCUCGCCAGAGAGUCAGGGAUCAACAUUUUCUUCAUCACCGUGGAGGGCGCCGGGGAACACGAGAAGCCGUACGUGAUGGAGCCCAACUUCGCAAGCAAGGCCGUGUGCAGGACCAAUGGCUUCUACUCGCUCAGCGUGCCCAGCUGGUUCAGUCUGCACAAGAGCGCGCAGCCCCUGGUGAAGCGGGUGUGCGACGCCGGCCGGCUGGCCUGCAGCAAGACCUGCCUCAACUCGGCCGACGUGGGCUUCGUGGUGGACGGCUCCAGCAGCGUGGGCACGGCCAACUUCCGCACCGUCCUCCAGUUCGUGGCCAACCUCAGCCGGGAGUUCGAGAUCUCGGACACGGACACGCGCGUCGGGGCCGUGCAGUACACCUACGAGCAGCGGCUGGAGUUCGGGUUCGACGCCUACCGCACCAAGCCCGACGUCCUCAGCGCCAUCAGGAGGGUGGGCUACUGGAGCGGCGGGACCAGCACGGGCGCCGCCAUCAACUACGCCCUGGAGCGGCUCUUCAAGGAGUCCAAGCCCAACAAGAGGAAGCUGAUGGUCCUCAUCACCGACGGGAGGUCCUACGAUGACAUCCGGAUCCCGGCCAUGGCGGCUCAUCUCAAGGGAGUGAUCACCUACGCCGUGGGCAUCGCCUGGGCUGCACAGGACGAGCUGGACGUCAUCGCCUCGCACCCGGCCAGGGACCACGCCUUCUUCGUGGACGAGUUCGACAGCCUCUACACACUGGUCCCCAAGGUCAUCCGGAACAUCUGUGCGGAGUUCAACUCCCGGCCUCGGAACUGA